AUGCCUCCCAAGAAGUCUGCCGCUGCUGCGCCCAAGAAGGUCGUCGGUGCUACUCCCGCCCACACCUCCUACCAAGCCAUGAUUUCCGAUGCUAUUCUUGCUCUCAAAGAGCGUUCUGGUAGCAGCCGCCAGGCCAUCAAGAAAUAUGUCAAGGCCAACAACAAGAUUGGCGACAUUACCCCGGCCCAGUUCAACUCCCACGUCAACCGUGCCAUCCAGCAAGGUGUUGAGAAGGGUCACUUCGACCAGCCCAAGGGUGCCUCUGGCCCGGUGAAGCUCAAGAAGUCGGACAAGAAGGUCGAGAAGAAGGCUUCCCCGCCUGCCACCAAGAAAGAGGUCCCCAAGAAGGCCGCUGCCCCCAAGAAGGCUGUUGAGAAGAAGGCCGCUCCCGCUAAGAAGGCCGCCACGACCAAGAAGGCUGCUGCCCCGAAGAAGGCCGCCCCGGCCAAGGCUGCGCCUAAGAAGGCUGCUGCUGCUCCUGCUGCCAAGCCCAAGGCCAAUGCCGGCCGUCCUCGCAAGGCCGCCGCCGCCGCCACCGCGGCUCCUGCUGUUGAGGACAAGCCCGCCACCGUCCUGGGCAAGACCAAGUCGGGACGUGUGACUAAGACCAAGGCUCCGCAAUCCAAGCCGGCCGCGAAGAAGGCUGGCGCAAAGAAAGCGACGCCGGCAAAGAAGGCAGCGCCCAAGAAGGCAACGCCCAAGAAGAGCGAGGCCGACAGCAAGGCUUAA